GCCUUUGUUGCAGUUACCUUCUGACAUAUAACUUAACCAUUUAAACACAGCUACACGCGCAGCACGUUCCUUGCGCUAACAUAACAUACUACCUCUGCGCUGACGGCUCAAAAACUACAAGCAGGUAGCAUUUCCCUUAUGCUUCUGUUGGCAAGAUUAGGAGCUGAUUGUUAAAUAUAAAGCGGACUUCCAUCCGUCCGAGAAAAGCUCCCUGUGAUCGGUCGCGAAGCGUCAGGACAGUGUCGACCAAGCAUGGCAUCUGUCUACGAGAGAAUAACUUCAGCCUUGUCGGCCCUCGGUAAAAGGCGUGAAAGGGAUAGCAGUGCACAUGACAACAACGAGGCCACUGGUAGCCAUGGCGCUAAGCGCUUCCGCCCCUGGGAGCAGUCCGACCUCCAUCGACGCCUUGAAACCUACAAGCCGCUGACAUGGUUUGCAAAGCCGGAGUCUGUGGGGGCGGUGCCGUGCGCGCUACGUGGUUGGAAGAACGAUGGCUGCGAUUCCCUUUGCUGCGAAUAUUGUGACGCCAAGCUUAUCUACCCCUCUCAAGUUCCUUAUGACCAACGCCAAGCUGCAGCAGACCUCUUCUCUCCCGGCCUCAUCUCCAAGCACUCGGCCAACUGCCCCUGGCGCAAGACGCAGUGCGAGCCCUCGCUGCUGGCCUACGUGCCCUCCUCCAACAACGAUGAGCUCUGCCAGCUCUAUCAGUCGCUGCAAAACAAGCUCCUAAAGGUGGACGUCUUGCCUGAUCUGGACAUGAUUGCCAUCCAGACCAUUCGCGAUGCAGCUGCGCCGUACGGCCCGUACGACGAGCUCGUACUGGGCCUCAACGGCACUGGUGCCAUUGUCGUACCUGGUACGACACCUGUACGACACAAGCCCCCUGUCGUACAGAUCACAGACAUGGAUGAGGACAAGGAAGGCGCUGGGCCGUCCUCAUCAGCAGCCGCCGCGUCUGCGGCGACAGAAGGGACAGCGGCGGCGGGUGUUGCUGACCCGGCGGCGGCGUCAACGACCAUUGUCGUACAGCCGUCCAAGUUGACUCCACAGCAAAAGGCCCGGCUGCUUGCCUUGCUGGGCUGGGACUUGGAGGUGCUACAGCCGGAGUCUGCUAGCGGCUCGGCUGCAGCGCCGUACACCCAGUCUGCUGGCUACAGCCUCGCUCACCUAGGCGUCAAACCGAAGAAGCCCUCCAGCGGUUCCUCCCCUGUUGCUGCUGGUGCUGGUGCUGGCGCUGCUUCAACUGCCAACGGUAGUGGCAGUGGCAGCUGCACUCGCUACCCCAUGUCCUCCGUCGUACUCAAAUGCCAGCACUGCAACGGCCGUAUGGGGCUUUGGAACUUCGCCGGCGUGCGGCCUGUGCCAUCGGGCCGUCUCACGCCCGCCGGUGCCGCGCCGUUGCUCUCCCCGAAGGCAGCUCCAGCCGCUACUGCCGCCAUCACUCCCAACUUCGCCUCCGCCGCCGCUGCGACGGCGGCGGACCCGCUCAGCGUCACUAUCGCCGGCGGGCAGUACGGCCUGCACGGCAUCGGUACGGCAAGGCCGUUUGGCAGCGCGGCGGCGUCGGCGCCUUUCCGCUUCGGCGCCGCCAGCACACCGCAGCCGGUGUUUGGCGUGGCGGCCAUGGAUGCGGAGGCAGCUCAGCGGGGGCAGGCGGGCAGCUUUGGAGGCUCCGAAACCGCUACUGGCGCUGCUGCUGUAGCACCAGCGGCGACCCCGCCGCCACCGCAGGGCUGGAGCUUUGGUUUCGGAACCGGCGCCGCUGCUGCCACGACGGCCACGACGCCUGUGCCUGCGUCACGACGACCCCAGGAGGCCAAACCCACGCCCCCAGCAUCCGCCGCCGCUGCUGCUACGCCUACUGCCACCACCACCACCACGGCUGGCACUCCGCUGUCCCGGCUGUUUGGCAGCUUCGUGGGCCACAAGCGCAAGGCCUCGGUGCAAGCCGUACCGGACGCUCCUUCCGCCAUGGACGUCGACUCCACCUCCACCACAUCCCAGCAGCCCCAGCCGCAGCCAGGCCAUGAGGCUGCCGCCGCUGCUGCUGCUGCCCCCG